AUGUUCACGCAUCUCCUCUUUCUCGCCACUUCACUCGGCACUGUGUCCGCAGCUCGAGAACUAUGGUUUAACCAGCCUGCAUGGGAUUGGGCUUCUCAAGCGUUGCCGAUUGGUAACGGGAAACAUGCUGCUUCUUUCUUUGGCGGUAUCAACAACGACUCUUGGGCCCUCAAUUCUGAUAGUCUCUGGACUGGUGGCCCUUUCCAGCUAAAGAACUACACCGGUGGUAAUCCUGCAGAAUCACGUGUACCGGCACUCCGUGGAAUACAAGACUUUAUCUUUAAGAACGGCACUGGGAGUAUCGCUGGUAUCCUAGGUAGCGACGCAGGUUAUGGAAGCUAUAGUGUGCUCGGGAAUCUGUCCGUUGGCCUUGACCUGGACGCCGCCACUGCCAGCUCGUACAAACUCUGGCUUGAUAUUGACCGUGGAGUGGGUGGAAGUUCUUUUGUUACUGAGAAGUAUGGCAAGAUCACAAGGGAUUACUUCUGCUCCUUCCCUGCGCAAGCCUGUAUCUACCACCUUGAGUCCACUAAACCUCUCCCCACCGUUACAGUAUCCCUUGGUUCCACUCGAUCUCCAGCGCCCACAAUAACCACUGCUUCGAACACCAUUACACUCCGUGGCCUCGCUGAAUCUCCUGAUGGCAUGCUUUAUGACGCCCGCGCCGCCAUUGUAUUCCCUGGAACCGCACAGAAAGGCAAAGACUUCACCACGUCUACCGGGCUCUCAGUCCCUGCUACUGCUGGUGUAAAAGAGCUAUGGAUUGUUCUCUCAAUGGAUACGAACUACGAUGAAACCAAGGGAAACCCUUCUGAUGGUUACACAUUCCAGGGAAUUGACCCCGCCAAAAAGGUGGCGGGCAAUGUUGCUGCUGCUGCGUCUAAGAGUUAUAACGCGUUGCUAGCAGAGCAUAUAAAGGACCACCAGGCACUCUACCGCGCCUUCUCUCUGACACUGCCAGAUCCUCUAGGUUCAGCCUCAAAAGCUACAGAUGAGCUCAUGAAAGCCUACACACUUGAUAAGGGAGAUCCAUACCUUGAGUCACUUCUUUUCGAUUUCGGACGAUACCUCCUCAUCGGCUCUAGUAGACCAAAUUCAUUACCUCCUAAUUUGCAAGGAAAGUGGUCGAAUGGCUUUGGGGCUGCUUGGUCAGGCGAUUAUCAUACCAAUAUCAACCUGCAAAUGAAUGUCUGGGGUAGUGAGGCAACUGGACUAGGCGGUACUCUUGACGGAUUAUGGAGAUAUAUGACAGAAACAUGGGUGCCAAGAGGUUCCGAGACUGCAAGCUUGCUUUAUGGGGCUACUGAAGGUUGGGUGGUUCAUAAUGAAAUUAAUACCUUUGGGCAUACAGGAUUGAAAGGAAAUGGCGAUCAGAGUACAGCGCUUUGGUUUGCGUACUCGGCUGCUAACGCGUGGAUGAUGCAACACGUAUGGGACCACUACGAUUUCACGGGCGAUAAGGACUGGUAUAAGAGCGUUGGAUAUCCCCUCAUUAAGGGUGUUGCACAGUUCCACUUAUCGACCCUGCUGGAGGAUAAGUAUUAUAAUGACGGGACACUAGUGGUCAAUCCGUGCAAUUCACCGGAACAGCCGCCGUCGACGUUUGGGUGUGCGAUUGAUCAACAGCAGAUUUCGGAAGUGUUUAUGAAUGUAUUAAAGGGAUGGGACGCAUCAGGAGAUAAAGACUUAGCAUUUAAGAAGAGGGUAGAGGAUGCACUGAGCAAGUUAUACACGGGCAUCAGAGUGGGACGGUAUGGGCAGAUUCAAGAAUGGAAACUCGACAUCGAUAACCCAGAAGACGGUCACCGCCAUCUUUCUCACCUCUAUGGCUGGUACCCUGGCUAUUCAAUCUCCUCUGUCCACCGGGAAAAUACCACGAUCACUAAAGCCGUCGAAACAACCCUAAUCCACCGCGGCCUCGGAAAAUGGACCGACGCCAACGCAGGCUGGGAAAAGGUCUGGCGUGGCGCCUGCUGGGCUGGUCUUAACAAUUCCACCAUGUCUUAUUAUGAGCUGCGCUUUGCCAUUGUUGAGAACUUUGCCAACAAUUUGUACUCAGUGUACAGCAAAGACCCCUCUACGAUUGGAACCUGGGUAUUUCAGAUUGAUGCCAACUUUGGAACUGUGGGCCAAGUUCUGCAUAUGUUUGUUCAUGAUCUGGAUGUCGGGUAUGGGCAGAGCGGAGAGAAGACAGUGGUGUUGGCACCCGCUGUUCCUGAGGCUUGGUGGGGUUCCAAGAUUGAGGGACACAGGUUGAGGGGAGGUGGUGAGGUUAGUUUUGAGGUUUCCGGGGAGGGAAAGGUGAAGAGUGUUGUUCUGAAGAGUAGGAAGUCGAGCGCACCAAAGCUAAAGUUUGUGGAUGCAACCGGGAAGGAACUAGAGGUUAAGAGAUCGUAG